AUUUCUAAGAAAAAACAUAGUAAUUCACUUAUUGUACUCCAAGCACUGAACACAAAGCACGGUAAAAGUACUUUACAUAAUUAUGUUGUCACGUCAAACCAGCCUCUUAAAGUGGCUAUGAACUAUGUACAUUUCCGCUGAUUAUAUUACCCUACACAACCAUUGACUUCAAGGACACACGAGACUGCAGGUGUAAAAAAGAUGCUCUGUGCGCUAGGCAGUAUCUAUGGUGGGAAAUGGGCAGUCCUUGUUUGGCCAAGUUGACCCAAAAGGUGGCCUGUUCAUUUCCCUGCACAGAUGCUGCCUGACCCUCUAUGUUCCUCAAGCGUAUUGCAAGAACUUUAGGGACCACCUUCACCAUGACUUAAGAGGCUCAUAAAAGCGGUUCCAGCACCUACACAGCGGUAAUUGAAGAUAGACAAAUAUAUAAUGGCUAAACCGGUGUUUGGUCACAUCCCAUGAAAGGAAAUUUAAAACGGGAAUGCAAAAGAUCUUAGUCACUAUUUGAAUGCAUUGUUAAAUGUUUCCUGACCGUCCUUCAAUUAGCAUUACUUUUUGAAAUUGUGUAAGUUUCUUCUUUACAAUACGAGAUUAAACCUGUGGUUCAUUUCGAAGACUGGGGUAAAGUUUCAGGCUCCACUCUCCACACGGGCCAAUAAGACAGAGAAGGGCGCCAACCGGCACAUGUCAAUCCCGGAGAAGGCCGUUUCCGUUUCCGGAUCAGAGGUGACGGUUUGUCAGAGGCCGAUGGGGAGGAGAAAGCGGUUGCCGUUGCCGUCCUCAUUCAUCGCAGCGCGGAGGCCGGGGUUCGGGCCUGUUGCGUGCGAUCCGCGGGCUCCAGGGAUUAUGGAUUUUCCAGGGCACUUUGAGCAAGUUUUUCAGCAGCUGAACUAUCAGCGGCUACAUGGACAACUCUGUGACUGUGUGAUUGUUGUUGGGAGCCGACAUUUCAAAGCUCAUCGGUCUGUGCUUGCAGCAUGUAGCACCCAUUUUCGAGCUCUCUUUACUGUCCCUGAGACUGAUCAAUCAAUGAACAUGGUUCAGCUUGACAGUGAAGUGGUCACGGCAGAGGCUUUUGCAGCUCUUGUUGAAAUGAUGUAUACAUCCACUCUAAUGCUGGGAGAGAGCAACGUGAUGGAUGUGCUUUUAGCAGCUUCCCACCUCCACCUGAAUUCUGUGGUGAAGGCUUGCAAACAUUACUUAACAACCAGGACUGUACCCAUGUCCCCUACAAGUGAAAGGCUUCAAGAACAAAAUGCUCGUAUGCAGAGAUCAUUUCUGCUUCAGCAGCUGGGUUUGAGUUUAGUCAAUUCUGCCCUCAGCUCCAGUCAAACAAUGGACGAGCAAGUUGGUGUGAACUCGUCACUGCGCCACCACUUGGAGGAUCAGUCGACUGCAUUUCCUGUCAGGCGUCUGCAGAAAAGGAAAGCCAUUCCUGAUGAAAGAUCAAAGCAAAGGAUAAGACCUUCCGUGGAUGAAUCUAUCAUCACUGAAGGGACAUCAGACAAUGGGCAAGCUGUGGUGCAUACUUGUGAGGAACUGUUUACACCAGACUCCCUGAAAUUGGGAGAUGGUUCAAAAACUGAUGCAAGUGUUGAAAAUCAGGUAGAAAAUGCUAUGAUUUUUGAGCAAGCCUUUAGUACGCCAGAAGAUAACCAGGUAACCAGUCAGUCAGACAAAGGAGUCAACCAUUCACAAGUAUCUGUGGUUUCUCAAGCAACUCACAUCGAAACUAGUUUCAACCAAGAUUCUGCAAAUGAGAAGUCAGAUUUUCAUUCUGAGACUACAGAGCUCCACAUAAAUGGAAGUGAGGAACAGGUCCGAAUUGUUGUAAAGGCCGAGCCACUGAGCUCCCCUGAUCCUCAAGAUGAGACGAGUGAUGCUGCCUCGCAGGCUGAAGGCAGUGAGUCAGUGGAGGUGGAGGGAGGAAUGCCUAGUGCAGAAAAACUGGAGCUUAGUCCAGAGAGCAGUGACCGAAGUUUUUCUGACCCUCAGUCUAGUACAGACAGAGUAACCGACAUACACAUUCUGGAAUCCGCAAACACAGACACAAAAGCCCCCUUUCAUAUUUCCACCUUUUUGAAUAAAAACCGAUCAAGCAGUUUCAGUGGAGGCCAAAGUGCAGAUGACAACCUCCCGAACACAACGAGCGACGGCAGAAUGGAGAGUGAAGCUACUUACUUAAUGAGUCCAACAUCCAGUGUGUCUGCCAGCGUCAAUUCAACAAUGGUAGCAACGCGAAUGGAGAAUCCCUUUAAUGACAGUGCUGAUUCUCAUUUCAUGAGACCUAUGCAGGACUUGCUGGGCCUGUCAUGUGGGCAGUCUUCAGAGUACAAAACUGGGGGAGAACCAUUCAGAUUGGAAUUUCCCAGGCCUAGUUCUGGAUUGCAUUCACUUUCUAGGCAGUCAAUCAUUUCAUCGCGAGGAGGAGCCACUAAUUUUCCAGGUUAUCGCCGCAUUGCCCCAAAAAUGCCCAUAGUGACUUCUGUUGGAGAUGGAGGUUCUGGAUCACAAGACAAUAGCUCUAAUUCUCAGGUCCGAAUAUUAAACAGUACCUCUUCCACUUUUGAAAAUAACCAUUCUUUACAGACAGGCCCUCCGCAGCUGACACGUGCAUCUGCAGAUGUACUUUCAAAGUGUAAGAAAGCCAUGUCAGAACACAAUGUGCUGGUGGUGGAAGGUGCCCGUAAAUAUGCUUGUAAAAUUUGCUGCAAGACAUUUUUAACAUUAACAGAUUGCAAAAAACAUAUUCGUGUUCACACUGGAGAGAAACCCUAUGCAUGUUUAAAAUGUGGCAAAAGAUUCAGUCAAUCGAGUCACUUAUACAAGCAUUCUAAGACCACCUGCUUGAGAUGGCAUGGCGGCAAUUUGCCAAGUACUUUGCUCUGACAUAGACAUUCCCCAUGUUUGUAUUUGCUGCUUUGAAGGUGCUGACCUCUUUAUUUUAGAAAAAAGAGCUCUUGUAAGGUGAAAACGAUGAAAAUAGACGUUUCAAUUGCAAUUAAUAGCAAAAUGUCAGUAAGGUGCCGAAUUCAGGGCAAAUCAAAUUUUGUAGAAUUUAGUAACUGUAUAAAAUAUAUACUGCAAUUUUUUUAUGCUGUUCAGCUAUUUUAUUUCAGUAGUUGCUGACUAACCAAAAUCUGCAAAGUGAUUAGCACAGAAUAGUCUGUUUGUGUAUUUCCUGAAUGUAUAGCUCAUGUUUUAUCUGGACGAUGUAUAAAUCAAGGAGCAAAGGAGACCUGUAGGGUGAAUAUAUUGACCAUUGAUUAUCUGUAUAUUUAUGUGGAGAGGAGAAAGGAAGGUUUGAUUCUCACUGAAUAAGCCUUUACUAAUUAUAUCACUGUGCAGGAGGACAAGUAAUCAGCAUUGACCAUAUGUUGCUUUUACAAAUCCAUAAAAGACAUUCUGUUCCAAAAGUGAAAUACUCCAGAUGCUGGAAAAAUGAAAAAUCACAAAAUGCUGGAAAUACUCAGCAGGCCAGGUAGUUUCUGUGGAAAGAGAAAGACACUUUGCACCAUUUGCCAUCCAUUUAACAAUAGAUGGCAAUCUGGAAGAACGAUUAGAGGUACCAUUGUAAAGAUUUAAUAUUGUGAAAGCUGUGUUAGGAAUGAAGAGAAUUGCCUGUGGAAUUGCUUUGAUUGAGUGAAAUGAACCUAGUACCUAAUGGGGCUCUGGUUGAUUGCCCAAAUUUGACAGUAAUUGUCAUGGAUAUACAGCUAAAGCUCUUGGAACGUGGAGAUGCACAUUCUGUGCUGUUAAUUCAGGGUAUUCAUUUAAAGCAGACAUGAUUUGACUAGAUUAUAGGGUGAAUCAUUAAAUAAAUGGAAUGUACAAAAGGAUUAUUUUCUUUCUAGAACCGAUUUGUUUUAUACUAAUGGCAUACUUUCUCCUUGGAUAACAAACACUUAUUUGACUUUUACGACAUUAUUUAUUAGCCCUUGUCCUAGUGUUCCUUUAAAUGUAGGACAUGGAGAGGAUGCGUGGCGUGCCAGUGCGGGGAAAGCAUCACUUGAACAAUAAAGCCCUGUCACAGAAAGGAACAGGCCAGAGAACAAAGCACUGGGUGCUAAAUCCUAGUGCACUGGAGCAUGAAUUGGGGAUUGGGCAGAAUAGUUUGCAGGAGACUCAAUUUACAUUCUUGCUUAGUUGAAGAUGUAUAUAUGUAAAUUGAGAUAAUUGGCUACAAUAAAAGUUGUUUCGAUGGGACCUUGAGCUCUUGGUACAGAUUCUUAAUUCUUGUGUGCAUAGUUGUUCCUACUACUCUAAAGCUCUCUUGUUCUCUAUAUUUGAGAUAAUAGUCCUUUUCAAAAUACAGCUAGCACUUAGUGUGGAUCAAUUUGUUAUAAAUGACAUGAAUUUGUUUGGAAUAUUAGAGGUAGGUAAAAUAUUUUCUGUUUCUGUCUUAGGAACUUGAAUAGAGAAUUUCCAUUCAUUGUAACCCUUUUCAAUGUUCACUUUAUACGUUCAGUGACCACUUUAUUAGGUAACUCCUGUACCUAAUAAAGUGGCCACUGAGCGUAUGCUUGUGGCAUUCUACUGCUCUAGCCCAUUCACUUCAAGGUUUGAUGUUUUGUGUGUUCAGAGAUGCUUUUCUGCACACCACUGUUGUAACACAUGGUUAUUGAGUUACUCUAGCUUUCCUGUCAGCUUGAGCCAGUGUAGCCAUUAUCCUCUGACCUCUUAUCAACAAGGCAUUUUUACCCACAUAACUAUUGCUCACUGGAUGUUUUUUUGUUUUUCUUACCAUUCUCUGUAAACCCUAGAGACUGUUGGGUGCAAAAAUCCCAGAAAAUUGGCAAUUUCUGAGAUACUCAAACCACCCUGUCUGGCACCAUUAAUUAUUCCAUAAUGGAAGUCACUUUGAUCACAUUUCUUCCCCAUUCUGAUGUUUGGUCUGAACAACAACUGAACCUCUUGACCGUGUCUGCAUGCUUUUAUGUAUUGAGUUGCUGCCAUAUGAUUGACUGAUUAGAUAUUUGCAUUAACAAUCAGAUGCGCCUAAUAAAGUGGCCAUUGAAUGUAGAGUCCUGUCCUCGAAACCACAAAAUCUGACUGUUCAAAAAGAGGGUUAAAUUGUAAUGCUAUAGUGUCCAAUCAGGUGAAAUUUAUCAUUCAAAUAAGAGAGUGACUAAUAAUGUCACUUCUAAUCCAAAUUCCACAGUAUGCUUUUGAUUUUGAAAUGCUUUCCGGAGUAUUAUUUCAAUGGUUCAACAGAUGGCUGUAGUGUAUUUGCAGGUUUCUGAAAACUGUUAGAGUUCAACUGAAGACUGUCAAUAAUUCGCACAAAAUUCCCUGAUACACUUUUUCAUUUUACAUGUUAUUUUUCUUUACCUUAAAUGCUGAAAGAGAAACAAAGUAAAUUUGUGGCAUUCUUGAGUUUUCGAAAGAUUCAUCUGUAAUAAUGUUGCUGGUUAUUUAGAGAUUGCAGCCUCCUGUUAUGCUGUGAGUCCUAAGUGGGAGUUCACUUUUUUAGUUGAUUCAAAGAUUUAGCCAAAAAUGGAAUUGGUGUUUGAAGCAUUGGGAAAUGGCUGUUAAUCAUAUUACAAGUAAUGAAGAAUUUUCUGCUGAAAUAAAUAUGCCAGAAAACUCAGUUCCUGAUUGAGAUGUAAGGAAUAAUGGUGGAAAAUUUUUUCAAAAACCUUUGGAAAAUCAUGUUCACAGUAGUACAAACAACCUGAUCUCUGUAAAAGGCCAGUAUGAAAUAAUUCUGAUGACAAUAACUAUAUGUAUAAUAUUAUUUAUGAUCUGCUAUGUAAUAUUUUAGAUAAUCAUACUGUUUUUAAACAAACAUACAGUAUGGUUCAGAAUGACUUGGCUGUAAUCAUAUUAGCCCUUGAGAGUGGAAGAAUCAUUCAAGCAAAAACUUGAGUUUAAAUUUAAUUCUCUGCUACAUUGGAGAAUAAAGUUAUUCUAAAUUGGAUUUCUGUUCUUUUCUCCCUUUAACAACUUGGAGCAGCAUCAGUGCUUUACAGGGCUUUUCUAACCAUUAAACUCUGUCAUUUGAGAGACCAAGGAGUUAAUUGACAACUGGUGUCAAAUCCUAGCAUUUUUCUCAAUUUACCUUUCCACAGUGUUCCAUCUUGCCAACAAGGUUUGUUACUGGAAUCUAGCUAAUUUGCAGGAUAAAUAGGAAACUAUUCAACCAGUGUUGCCUCCAUUCCAGAACUAAUCACUAGUCAUCAACCUGCAUACUUGGAGUCCCAGCACCAAGUCAUUGUCGAUUUGUUCACUAAAGGAAAGAGAAUGGGCUGAACAGUUAACAUUCUCAACAGAACAACACUGUAUCCCAUCACCUAAAAGGUCCACAGGAAAACACGGACCACUACUUGUAUCUUAGCAAUUAGAACGAAGACAUCCAUUGAUUGAAAUUUCCUGAUGGCUUCACAGCGUUUGGCCAAUUAUGUAAAAGAGUGAAGUAUGGCAAAAAGUUCAUGGUGUACCAUCCAGCAGUGAUUCAUGUAUCACCCUACAUGAGCAUUCAAAGCACUGGAAAGGUACCAUUAAUACUGUUUCCUCAGAGUACUUCAAAUUCAAGAUAAGGUGACUAAAGUCAGCACGUCCUUGAACUCCUAAGUAUAUUCUGUCAGGCACCAGAUUCUUCAAAUGGACACUCCCAAGCUCUACCAAAUCAUGAGGCCAGCAGGAUGGUCUGACGGAACCAUUCAAAUAUGGUCUCAAAAGUCUUCAUAGAAACACCAGCUUGUGACUGCCUGAAAUGGAGAAACAUUUAGGAUGGUACUGGACACCUCAAGUCUAUUCAUUGAGAGAUACAUAAGCUCACUGUAAACGGUGGAAGGGGCACACUCUCUCCUCAAACUAUCCCUCCAUCCAACACAUCAAACACCUGCCCUACUUGUGGCAGAAGUUGCAUGUCCCAGAUUGGGUUUUAAAGAUAGAAAUAGGAUAAAACCAGAGAAAUAGAAUGGAAGGAAGUUAUCCUUUUUCAAGGAACUUAAGACAAUUUUGUGAAUAUUGAACUAUGGCAGAUGACUAAUUGGAUGCAGUUCAUUAGUAAUGCCAUACAACCUGUAUGUUGCGUCUCUGCAUGUCCAACCAGUUGACAUUUUAACAAAUGUAUUAUUUUAACAUCCCAAUCACCACUGUACCUGAUGUUAUUUUGAAAGUUGAAAAUGAUAAAACUUGCUUGUAUGUAAUACCAUUCCAUUGAACAACUAAUUACUUUUUGUAAAAACUAUCACUGUUUGCAAAUUUUGCGUGGAUAAUGUACUUUCCUGAAAGCUAAAGAAAGUGCUUUUUAGUAAUGUGGAAUCAUGCUACAGUGAGAACCCUUAAUUUUGUGGAAAAGCAAGUCUGGGCAUCUUCUGAUGAAAAGUCACUGAACUAAACUUAACUGUUUCAA